GGCGGUCCGGCUGCAAACGCGGACCGGGGGCAACCGCUAAGGGGGCGUCAACCUUUCCGCCCGGGGGCGGGUUUGGCCGCGGCGCCCGCGUUCAGUUGGGAACGCCCCCCUUUCUUCCAGAAGCGGCUCCUGAGACGCUCGGGCCUGCGGGUCGCUCUGGGGCUCGGUGGUGGGGCUAUGGCCCGCUGUGAGGGGGGCAGCGCGGCCUCGGUGGCUCCGCUGGGCUCGGCGGGAGCUCGCAGUGAGGGGUUGCAGAGCAAGGGCCCCGGUGAGCGGCGCCGGCUGAAGGCGGCGGUGUCGGAGCAGCUCAGCCACGACCUGCUCAGGCUGUUCCGGGAAGAAAUCCAUACAGAUGUUGCUUUCUCUAUAGAUUGUUCUUUGUUCAAAGUACACAGAGCGGUCCUUUUAGCAAGAAUCCCUGACUUUUAUUAUCAUAUUAUUGGACAGACAUCAAAUAAUUUAACCAAUUAUGAGCCUAUUCCUGUGGAAAAUGUUGAAGCUUCAGAAUUUAGAACAUUUUUACAGAUUGUAUAUUCAUCAAACAGAAGCAUAAAAAACCAUGAAGAGGAAAUGCUUAAGAAAAUGGUAUUGGAUGUAAUACCACAAAAAAAACAUGACCUCAAUUUAAAAGAAAGUAAAAAUUCACCUAAUUGCUCUGAAAAGCAUGAAACUCCAGAAGAUGGCACUGGAUAUGAUAAUUUAAUUUCCAAUGGUAAUUAUGGCUUGAAACCUGCAUCUGAAUUAGGAAAAGAUUUAUUGAAGCUGUAUGUGGAACAUUAUUGUCCAGACAUUGAGAUUUAUGUUGAUGGGAAAAGUUUCAGAGCUCACAGGGCCAUUUUAAGCUCCAGAUCUAGUUAUUUUGCUGCAAUGCUGAGUGGCUGUUGGGCUGAAAGCUCCCGGGAGUAUGUUACUCUUCAAGGUAUAAACCAUGUAGAAAUGGAUGUCAUGAUGCAUUUUAUAUAUGGAGGUAUUUUAGAUUUUCCAGAAGAAGCUAAUGUUGGUGAGAUACUCAAUGUAGCAGAUAUGUAUGGACUAGAUGGAUUGAAAGAAGUAGCAAUCUAUAUUUUAAGAAGAGAUUACUGUGAUUUCUUUCAGCAGCCCGUUUCCAGAACUUUGACAUCUGUACUAGAAUGCCUAACUAUUGCUUACUCAGCUGGAGUGGAGAGUCUCUUGGCUGACUGCAUGAAAUGGAUUGUAAAGCAUUUUGCAAGGUUUUGGUCUGAGAGAAGAUUUGCAAAUAUACAUCCUGAGCUUCAGAAAAGUUGUCUUAAUAUGUUGAUUCAGUCCUUAAAUGAUACAAAUGCUUCUUUUCUUCUGAUGGAAAGCGACAGGCUCAUCAUCAAUUUGCCUAGAAUAAAGUGGGCAGAAGCAGCAUUGUCUAUGGCGUCUCAGCUCCAUGAAAAGUGUAUUGCAUUUAUUGUAGAAAACUUUCCUAAGAUCAUUCAGAGUGAAAAUUUCACCUUUCUUUUACAGUCACAAGCAAUGAGUAGUACAACUGAUCUGUUGGACCAAAUUUUAAAAGCAAUUGAAGAAAACAUUACCACUGAAAAUAGUUGCUCUCUUCUUGGGGCUCUGGAUGUAUUACUGAGCUCUGAAAAUACAAAGGAAAUGGGUUUUACGUGCAAGAUCCAGGCUCUGCGUGAUAAGCUCUGGGUCUUCCUGGUUCAGUCUUUCUAUGCUGUUCGUCACACAGAGAACUGGAAACUGAUGAACACAGAUGAUCAACAGAAAAUCCAAGCAGCUGCAUUUGACAAAGGUGAUGAUCGAAGACUUGGCAAAAAGCCUGUGCUCACUAGCUCUCAGCAAAGAAGACAAUCUUCUGACCCUCGUGUUGUGAAAAAGAAAGUUUGGAGAGAAAAUAACAAAGCAGAGUGUUGGACUUACCAGUCUACUAAUCUAAAGAUGAAAUCUGAUGGGUUAGGAGCAUCUGGACAUCCAUCAAACACUACUAGAAAUAGUAUAAAUCAAGUAUUAAAGCAGAAUGGUGGCACAAAAAUAACAUCUAAAAUCACAAAAGACUUGAAAACUGGGGAAAAAAAUAUAUCUGGAAAUCCCAAAACAAUAGUAAAGCCCCAAACAGAAAACAGUGGCAAUGCCAGUGUGGAGGAACUGUCGGCCAAAGUUGUGGAGAGAGCAGCAGCAGCAGAACAACACAAACCUUCAGCAAAUGGAAAGGGAGUAAGAAGUCAGGAAGGGCAGGUAGCAGGUGCCAGGCCCAAGGUUCUGACUGGAAACCUAAAUGCACAAGCCAAAGCCAAGUCUUUUAAAAAGGUGACAGGGAAAGAGUUCCCAUGCCUCCCCCUUGCAGGGCCCUCCAACAGAUCCACAAACUCAAGUAUGGAGUUACUGAUUUCCACUGAGUGUCCAGGUGAGCCACAAGAGAAUGGAUUAGUAGAAGAGAAGUGUUCUAGUCAGCAGUCAUACUUUUGUGAUCCUCCAGGACAGAUGGUGAAAAACAGCAUAGAUGGUGUCAAACCUUCCACUGUAGCUAUAAAAUCUAAACCUGUUUCACGAGUUACCAAUGGAACUUCAAAUAAAAAAAUCAUUCAUGAACAAGAUGCUAAUGUAAAUAGCAGUCUAGUAAAAAAGGCCAGUGCCAAAGGAUAUAGUGAUCCAGUACCACAAGCAAUCCUGAAGAAAAGAGGAAGUGGCAAUGGCUAUACUCCAGCUCAGCAGAGGACAAAGAGUGCCCCAUUUAAUCUUGCAAAAACUCAAGGAUCCCAAGGAGAGUCACCACAAUCAGUAAAAUCUUCAGUCUCUUCAAGGCAGUCUGAUGAAAAUGUGGCCAAGUUGAGUCAUCACACAGCUGCAGACAGACAAACACCUAAGAGAAAAAUUGUCAAGCAAGGGCACCCAACUUUGCCUAAAGUUAAUGCAAAACUGGCGCCAGUGCCUAAAAACCUAAACCAGGCCAAGAAAGGUGAAAGUUUGAACAAUAAAGAUUCAAAACAAAAAGUGCUUCCUGGACAGGUUAUACUGAAAACUCAGUCUUCAUCUCAAAGACCUUUAAAAACUGAAGCACCUGUUAUCCAAAAAGGCCUCCUUCGCGGUGCGCAUGACCACGGGCAGCGCAGGGCCCCUGUGGCUCACCCCGCGCCUGAUGCUGGUGGUGCAGCAGCGUCCCUGCCACGCAGGCCUGACCCUCACAAGCCACCCAGUCACCAUGAAAAAGACAAGGUGGUGGUAGAGAGCCUGAAUAGCUCACAGCUGAGUAAAUUAGUAAGACAUGAACUGAGAUCCAGAGAGAUUGGUUCAGAUCAAAAUAGAAAAAAAAUCCCCAGUCACAACACAAAUCACUGCAGUCCAGAGGCAAACCUUUAUAGCAUCACUGCUCAGAAAUCCCAGAUUUCAAACCCAAAUGAAAACUCUUUAAGCUAUAAUCCAGUUUGUGAUUUAGACUCAACAAAUGCAGAGCAAAUCCACUUACUAUCAGAUAGAGAAAAACAAGUAGGGAAAGAAGACACAAACAAAAUGCCCAGCAUGAAUUGUGGGAAGGAUGCUUUCCCUUGUGGACCUGAAAGGACAGAUGGUGCCUUAACUUCUGCUCAAGAUGACAGGAAGUCUAAACUUCAUGGAGAAGAACCAACAAUUCCUAGUCAGUUGUCACAUGACUCUGCUAUGAAGGAUGAUAAGCACAUUACAGUAGACUUAGGUGUUAACACCAAGUGUGCUUUGGGUGAACCAUCUGGAAAAAAAUCUCCUAAAAGUAUGGAAACAUCAGAAACUCCAGAGAACCAUGCAACUGCAGAGGCUCCAUUCUUGGGUCACUGGAGUCUAAGCUCCAGUGCUGUGCAGCCGAGAGAGAGCCCUGAGUCUGACACCGGCAGUGCCAGCACGUCCUCUGACGACAUCAAGCCCCGGUCUGAAGACUAUGACGCUGGAGGCUCUCAGGAUGAUGACGGGUCGAAUGGCAGAGGUAUUUCUAAGUGCGGUACUAUGCGGUGCCAUGAUUUUCUUGGGAGAAGUAGCAGUGACACCAGCACUCCCGAAGAACUAAAGAUUUACGACAGCAACCUAAGAAUCGAAGUGAAAGUAAAAAAGCAAAGCAGUAAUGAGCCUUUCCAAGUGAAUUCCACAAGUGAUGAUGAGAUUCCUAAGAAAAAGCCAGAAAUUUGGUCUCGCUCUACCAUAUUCCAUCCUAGGGAAAAAGAAAAUAUUCUGCGAGGCAGUGUCCCAUUCACUCAGGAAAUGGACCAGGUUUCUUCUUCAGCAGAUGAAACAGAAGAUGAAAGAUCAGAAGCAGAAAAUGUUGCAGAAAAUUUCUCUUUGUCCACCCCCAAUCCUCAACAGUUUCAGGGAAUAAUUAACUUGGCUUUUGAAGAUGGGACUGAAAAUGAAAGUCGCGAGUUUUCUGCUACUAAGAAGUUUCGAAGGUCAGUUUUGCUUUCAGUAGACGAAUGUGAAGAGCUGGGAUCCGAUGAAGGGGAAGUCCAAACUCCCUCCCAGCCCUCCGUAGGUUGUUUUUCUCCUUCUGAUGUUUUUGAUGGGGUUUCUCUUGAGCAUCACGGAAGGACCUGCUUCUCCAGAUUCUCGCAGAGUGAAGACAGUAAACAAGAUACAAGCCAUAGUGCAUGUCAAAGAGAAAGCACUCUGCCAAGCCGCAGUGGCACUUGCUCUUCAAGACCAGGCACACAGAGUGCCUCAGCCACAGACCAAAACACCAGGUCACAUGUCCUGGCCAAAGGAAGCUGCCAGCUUCUGCCAGAAGGUAAAAAAGUGAACAGUGAAAGUGAUAUGAAUAAUGACUUUCAGCAACACAGUAAAUUCCUGGAUGGUGACGUGAAAUCUCAAGAGAGACCAUGUCAUUUGGAACUUUAUCAAAGAGAACCCAACUCUGACAUACCAAAGACCGGCUCUACAAAAUCUGUAGAUUCCUUUAGGAGUCAAGUUCUGCCUCAGGAAGGUCAAGGGAAAGAGAGCCACUCUACACCUCCCGAGAAAGCUAAUAAUGCUUUAUCUGCAGGAGACAUAGAUGAUUGUGACACACUGGCACAAACCCGCAUGUAUGACCACCGGCCUUCAAAAACCCUCUCUCCAAUUUAUGAGAUGGAUGUAACAGAAGCAUUUGAGCAGAAAAUGGAAUCAGAAACACAUGUUACAGACAGGGAUUCUAAAGAUGACCAACACUUUGCCAAACAAGAUUGGACACUGCUAAAGCAACUGCUUUCUGAACAAGAUUCAAACUUAAAUGUUAUAAAUUCUCUUCCUGAAGAUCUAAAUUUAGCACAGUAUUUAAUCAAUCAGACACUCCUUUUAGCACGAGACAGCUCAAAACCUCAGGGCAUAGCACAUGUUGACACUUUGAGCAGAUGGAGUGAACUAACAUCUCCACUUGAUAAUUCCUCAGCAAGUAUCACCAUGGCUAGUUUUUCCUCUGAAGAUUGUUCACCUCAAGGGGAAUGGACAAUUCUGGAACUGGAAACUCAGCAUUAGGAAUCUUAACAUUUUGGAAAAAUUAAACUAUGUCAUCCUUUAUUUUUGAUGCUGAUAUUAUAUUUGAAUUAUAAUUGCAUUAGCCAGAUAUAGACUGUCCUUAAAAUUGAUAGUGUUUUUCCAAAUAAUUGAGGUAAAUAUAGCUUAUUUAUUAAUAUGGUAUCAGAUGUAAAAAAAAAAAAAGUGUUUUUCUAAAGUUUUUGAGCAUGUUUUCUAUAAUUAUUAGAGAAAUUAGAAGGCUUGUAAGGAAACCCAUGCUUCAGUUUUCCUUUCCCACACGUGAUCAUUUGUUCAUUUAUUAUUCAGGAGUUUAAAUGUUAAUGCACAAGUAGACCAGUCCUUUUACUUCAGGCACUGCAUAUGGUACCAUAGGAAAUUAACAAUAAAAAUGCACCGUGCUUCUGUCUGUUUUGUAAAGUUAA